AUGUGGAGUUCUGAAAGAAAAAUUGCUAUCAAGCUGGUUAUUCUUACCAUGUUUACCCAAUCAUUUUGGUCUGGAUUUCAAUUUCUCACAAACCAGUUUAUAUAUUAUAGGUUUCUAAAGGACGCAGGUUUACCCUACGAACCUUCUCCACAAAACAAAUCCAUUCCUGAUCAGGAUAAAGAAUCGAAAGAUGAAGUUCAAAAGAGAACUGCACAUUUACUCCCCUUAUUGAGUGCUGCGUUAUUAAUUCCUGGACUUUUGUCGUCGUUUAUGAUCAGUUCACUUUCUGAUCAUUAUGGUCGACGUGUAGCGAUGGGAGUUUUAUUUGGUGGUUUAACUUCAAACAUAAUCGUUUCAUCGCUUGUGAUUUUACUUGAACUGAAUUUAUACUUGUUAAUUCUGGGAAAUUUAACGUGUGGUUUUCUUGGUGGAGGACUGCUUACAUUUUCAGGUCAAAUUUCAGUUUGCUUCGCUGAUAUUACUAAGAUUCCUGAUGAACAAGCGCCAUUAUUGGAUAACUCUAAAUGUCAACAAGCUUCACUGGAACGUCGGCGUCUUUCAUAUAUGGGGAUUUAUGAUGGCGUAUGUGUCUUAGCAAGUGCCGCAGUGGCAUCAGUUACAGGUGUUCUUAUUGAUCACUAUGGUUUCAUCACAACUUGUUUGAUAAUGUUGUUUCUUUGUUUAAUAUCGCUGGGAAUGUUAUGGUGUUUACCAGAAACACAAUCUUUCAAUGUACAAACAGCUGAUAUCUCAUCUUUUGAUAAUAAUUUCAAUAAUGGUGUCAGUGCGUGUAACAUGGGAUUUUAUUCGUCUAAUCAGUCAGAACCACAUAAGAAAAACUGGCUUUUGAAGUCAACUGAGAUGAUUAAUCUAGUUCGAAGUGCCAAUGUUAUCACAGUUUUAGUCUUAACAGUUUUGAUCUUGACAACAUUGACUACAUACAAUGAAGGUCAGUAUACAUUUUUAUAUUUAAUGGGACCUCCAUUCAAUUGGUCUGUUGAUCAAUAUGGCUAUUAUAGUGGGUUAAAUUCUACUCUUCUGGGUUUAUUUUCAUUUGGAUUAACUUGGGUUACUACUCGUUGGAUGAAAGUUGUUAAACGUCGUCGGAUGUCUGAAGCAUCAGAACCUUUACUCACUAAUCAAUCAGUUUCGAGCUACAAUUCUAUUCAUGAAGUUGAUUCAAUUGAUUAUAAUAAUAACAGUAAUAUUAGUAGUCCAUCGAAUUUAAUUAUUCAAAAUGAAGUAUUACGAGCACGUCGACGUAUGAUAAAGUAUGUAAUAUGUGGAAUGUUAGCAAUUGUAAUUAGUAAAUUACUUAUGGGAUUAGCAUUUUUGUUUCCUUCACCUGGUCAUAAUAUUUUCGUAUUUGUUAGUCUAUUUGUAUGUGUCUUUCGAUCAGCUGUUGUACCGGUUCUCAAAUCAUUCAUAUCAUCUCUGUAUACUUCUAAACUUCAAAGUAGUUUAUUUUCUGUGAUUGCACUAUGUGAAUACUUGAGUCUUCUUAUUGGUAUUGGUAGUUUACCGUAUAUUUAUGCAGCGACGGUAACAUUUUGUUCUGGUGCAGUAUUUUUUGUCUCAUCAGGAUUAUCUUUCAUUGCUUUUAUUCUACUUUUAUACAUUUCACGUUAUACUAAAAAAGAAAUAAAGAAUACUGAUUUCAAUCAAUUGAAUAUUAUCGAAAUAGUUAAUCCUGUUAAUAGUUAG